AUGUCUCGAUCUAACCUGGACUGUGGUUCCACAGUUGCCGCCUCUGCCAUAAUGGUAUACGAUUGGGCGCUAACAUUCGGACAAGAGGUUGAACUGGUCUGGGUAAGCAGAGUCCCAUCACCAUCACCAUCAAAAGAAGAAGAGGAUGAUACUAUUUUCGGAACAGAUGCAACGCUGGUCCCUCAUGACGGUUAUGUAUCUCAUUACGCGCUAUGCUGGGAUACCAUUACACCAUGCGAUAUUAAGUACUCUGCAAUGUCUUGGACAAAUGUAAUCACAGCUGUCAUGCUGGAUGUCAUCAUGAUUGCUCGGUUACAUGCCAUGUAUCAGGGAUCUAGAAAGAUGCUUAUAUUUCUCAUCGUUAGCUUCUUGGCUGUCAACAUUGCCUGCAUAGUGAUUACUGCAAUAGUGCUUCAAUAUGUUGCAUCGGAGGAGUAUGUCCUCUCCGGUGCCCAUACGUGCUACUAUACCUUAUGGGGAGACACUGUAUUUCUGAUUCAGAUGACUUGGAUACUCACCCUUAUAUGGGAGGUCCUCGCACUGUGUCUUGCGGUCUGGAUUGCUGUGAAACACUUCUGCGGAUUGACCAUCGGGGACGUUUUCACAGUGUUGAUGAAAUCUCAUGUGCUUUACUUUGCAAGCUUUGCUGCUGUUGCUGCUCUCCAGCUUGGCGGGUUCUCUCCAAUAAUUAACUCGGAUUCCGUGGGAGUCGUGAUAUAUGAUGCUUUUCUUCAAGUUUUUUCGGUCGUGCAGAUGUUUAUGCUGGGACCGCGCCUCAUCCUUAGCGUUCGGGAAGUUCACGCUAAGCUCGUGGCCGUCUCCGACACAGCAACUGACAUGGCUUCAAUUGUCUUCGAGGAGCGCGUACACGUGUCAACUAACAAUAGUGUGUAGCAUGAGAGAUACUUAUUGGGUUCUCUGAAAGAGCAGGAGGAUAGUUUCGUGGCGGUAUCUAUGUAUGUUAUUCGGUGUUCCAAAGUGUAUAUGCCAAGAUUCAGAGUGACGGUUAUCUUUGUCAAGUAAACCCCCCCACCAGAUUUACGGAGGUUGUUGCGAUUGUUAGCUAUAUAUAGUCAAAUAUGAUAUUUCAAUUUGUUCACUGGUUCACUGAUGCACAGGAUCCUGGCUGUGUGAUGUAUCACAAUUGCAUCUACUACACGAUGCAUUAAGG